GAAACAUUUACUUUCACAACAAUUUGACCACGUUCUUUUUUUCUAUCAGCGGAUUCUCACAGCGCACGCCGUGUGUCAGUGGAGGAAGGAGAUACGUUAACAUUAAAAUGUGUGUUUCCUGCUAAUGACGAAUCCAGCAUGCAGUGGGCGACACCGAGGGGCUUUACGUUAUAUUUCAAUGAUCAGAAAGGUUAGUGGAAAGCCCGAGGGGCAAUAACAGGAGGGAGGGGGAGAACUGUAAUAAUGGACGUUUACCAGCCAUCCACUGAGGCCGAGAAAUGGUGGGAGGAACCUUAAACUCAUGAGUCAAAAGUCAAUUAUCUCUGCCUCUCAUUCAUUCCGUUCAAAGGGGAGAUUUACAAAAGUGUCCAGGCCAGACAACUGGAGCAAAAUGUGGAGUAAUUACCAUGGAAAGCUAAUCUCUUAGAUUGUAAGCUCCUUUGAACAGACCCCUGUUCACCUCUUGUCCACAUUAUUGGCAAUUACUUGCCUAUCUACACUGCGGAAUAUGUUGGAGCUAGUUAUCGAAAUCAACUCAUUGCUCGAGUUUUAUAUUAUGACAUUUUGAUAAAUCUCCCCCCAUUAGUUGUUCUUUAUACAAAGCAAUUAAGGGGAAAUUUCCAAAAAGUGCAGCAAUCAGCAUGUUAUUCUAUUGGUUGCCAUGGUGAGAACUCUACUUUUACCCCAGAAUUGCUCAGUAUAAAUGUGUCCAUAAAGCUUUCUAUUCUAAAUUUCUCCUUUUUCAGAAAUACAAGCCAUAAUAUAAAUACUCUCUAUGCAGGAACACAUCUUGUGAAAUUGUAACUUGAAUGUGAUGUGUUUUGUUCCAGUUUUAAAAGACAGAAGAUUUGAGCUCAUUCGCUACUCAAAGAAUAGGCUAAUUAUUCGCCUCUCCAACGUGACAGUAGAAGACGAAGGAAUGUAUUCGUGUUUGCGAUACAGCCACCCAACCCAGAGAAGGGACAUUAAUGUAACCGUGUUAGGUAAGUCACUACCAGAUAUGGAAAGAUAGCAACACAAGAUUGGGACUACAAACAUUAGAAGAAUACAAACAUUAGGAGAACAGAGAAUUAGAAUUAAAGUAGGAUGGGCUGCACAUAGAGCCCCCUGGCAGACACAGCUUGGAAAAUGCUGGAAAGGUAUUCCAGUUAUAGCAUGGUUUCAGAUCUAAUUUCCAGCUAUAUUAUGGUAAACUCCAGGGGUUAAUUUCAGUUAUUUUAUGGUAAAUUCCAGCGGUUAGUUCCAGUUAUUUUAUGGUAAAUUCCAGGGGUUAGUUCCAGGUAUUUUAUGGUAAAUUCCAGCGGUUAGUUCCAGUUAUUUUAUGGUAAAUUCCAGGGGUUAGUUCCAGGUAUUUUAUGGUAAAUUCCAGCGGUUACUUCCAGUUAUUUUAUGGUAAAUUCCAGGGGUUAGUUCCAGAUAUUUUAUGAUAAAUUCCAGGGGUUAGUUCCAGUUAUUUUAUGGUAAAUUCCAGCAGUUAGUUCCAGUUAUUUUAUGAUAAAUUCCAGGGGUUAGUUCCAGUUAUUUUAUGGUAAAUUCCAGGGGUUAGUUCCAGUUAUUUUAUGGUAAAUUCCAGCAGUUACUUCCAUUUAUUUUAUGGUAAAUUCCAGGGAUUAGUUCCAGUUAUUUUAUGGUAAAUCCCACCGGUUAGUUCCAGUUAUUUUAUGGUAAAUCCCACCGGUUAGUUCCAGUUAUUUUAUGGUAAAUUCCAGGGGUUAGUUCCAGUUAUUCUAUGGUAAAUUCCAGCCGUUGGUUCCAGUUAAUUUAUGGUAAAUUCCAGGGGUUAGUUCCAUUUAUUUUAUGGUAAAUUCCAGGGGUUAGUUCCAUUUAUUUUAUGGUAAAUUCCAGGGGUUAGUUCCAUUUAUUUUAUGGUAAAUUCCAGGGGUUAGUUCCAUUUAUUUUAUGGUAAAUUCCAGGGAUUAGUUCCAGUUAUUUUAUGGUAAAUCCCACCGGUUUGUUCCAGUUAUUUUAUGGUAAAUUCCAGCCGUUGGUUCCAGUUAUUUUAUGGUAAAUUCCAGGGGUUAGUUCCAUUUAUUUUAUGGUAAAUUCCAGGGAUUAGUUCCAGUUAUUUUAUGGUAAAUCCCACCGGUUUGUUCCAGUUAUUUUAUGGUAAAUUCCAGCAGUUAGUUUCAGUUAUUUUAUGGUAAAUUUCAGGGGUUAGUUCCAGUUAUUCUAUGGUAAAUUCCAGCCGUUGGUUCCAGUUAAUUUAUGGUAAAUUCCAGGGGUUAGUUCCAUUUAUUUUAUGGUAAAUUCCAGGGGUUAGUUCCAUUUAUUUUAUGGUAAAUUCCAGGGGUUAGUUCCAGCUAUUUUAUGGUAAAUUCCAGCAGUUAGUUCCAAUUAUUUUAUGGUAAAUUUCAAGGGUUAGUGCCACUUAUUUUAUGAUAAAUUCCAGGGGUUAGUUCCAGUUAUUUUAUGGUAAAUUCCAGCAGUUAGUUUCAGUUAUUUUAUGGUAAAUUCCAGGGGUUAGUUCCAGUUAUUUUAUGGUAAAUUCCAGCAGUUAGUUCCAGUUAUUUUAUGGUAAAUUACAGGGGUUAGUUCCAGUUAUUUUAUGGUAAAUUGCAGGGGUUAGUUCCAUUUAUUUUAUGGUAAAUUCCAACGGUUAGUUCCAGUUAUUUUAUGGUAAAUUCCAGCGUUUUUUUCCAGUUAUUUUAUGGUAAAUUCCAGCAGUUAGUUUUAGUUAUUUUAUGGUAAAUUUCAGAGGUUAGUUCCAGUUAUUUUAUGGUAAAUUCCAGCAGUUAGUUCCAGUUAUUUUAUGGUAAGUUCCAGGGGUUAGUUCCAGUUAUUUUAUGGUAAAUUCCAGGGAUUAGUUCCAGUUAUUUUAUGGUAAAUUCCAGGGUUAGUUCCAGUUUUUAAUUUAUGGUAAAUUCCAGCAGUUAGUUACAGUUAUUUUAUGGUAAAUUCCAUCAGUUAGUUACAGUUAUUUUAUGGUAAAUUCCAGCGGUUAGUUACAGUUAUUUUAUGGUAAAUUCCAGGGGUUAAUUCCAGUUAUUUUAUGGUAAAUUCCAGCAGUUAGUUCCAGUUAUUUUAUGGUAAAUUCAAGCAGUUAGUUUCAGUUAUUUUAUGGUAAAUUCCAGCAGUUAGUUCCAGUUAUUUUAUGGUACAUUCCAGGGGUUAAUUCCAGUUAUUUUAUGGUAAAUUCCAGCAAUUAGUUCCAGUUAUUUUAUGGUAAAUUCCAGGGGUUAGUUCCAGUUAUUUUAUGGUAAAUUCCAGGGGUUAGUUCCAGUUAUUUUAUGGUAAAUUCCAACGGUUAGUUCCAGUUAUUUUAUGGUAAGUUCCAGGGGUUAGUUCCAGUUAUUUUAUGGUAAAUUCCAGCGGUUAGUUCCAGUUAUGGCAUAGUUAGUUCAGGUUAUAUCACGGUUAGUUAUUUUUUUAGACUACCUGCAAUGUUUAUAAUGAAUGAAAACGUAGUUAUAUAUAAUAAAGUUUGUUUAUAAUAUUCUAUUUUUCUUUAGCUGUUCCCACUAAACCUGUGUUGGGUUUUACUCUAAUCCCUGGGAGCAGCAACGCACAUUAUGCAAUACUGAACUGUUUUACGAGCGGAUGCAAACCUCCUCCCAAAAUCACAUGGCUAAUCGAUAACACAACAGAAGUAUAUGGUAAGAGCUGUCUGUCUGCCCGAUCUUAAUUUCUUACAACUGAAGAGGUUAUUGUCAUUGAUUACGAAGACUCCAGUUUAGAGACAUGCUCACUUAUUUUAUAAUUUAACUUUUUUAGGAAACACUUUUUUAGUUAUUCUCAUAUUGGGAGUCUGUUUGGGGGGGAGAUUAACUCUUAGACCCAGUGUGUAUUUUCUGGCCAUUACCUGGAUCAGAGGAGCACAGAUAAAGUUACCAAAUACAUCCUGUAGGGGGCUUACAUUAAAACAAAUGAUUGUAGUUCUCUUUGUAUUUGUUACAUUUUCUAAAGAUGGUCUAAAACAAACAUGUCAAACUCGCAGCCCCGUAUGCGGCCCACAAUGGGGACAUCCUUGCAGCCUGACAAGCCGCGAGUACAUGCUUAGUGUUAAAGCAGAGUAGGCACCUGCUUUCUCCACAUUGCAAGUGCCUACUCUGCUAAAAUUUACAGGGCAGGGGGAAGAGGUCACUGGAGGAGCUCAGUCUUCCUGCUCCUCACUACUCCCUCGAGCGCGCCAUCUGUAGUAAUGCUGGGUGCCGAUAUAUGACGUCAUAUUCCGGCACCCGGCAUCAUUACAGACGGCGCAUGUGAAUAGCAGUGAGCAGCAGGAAGGAGAUCUUCAGAUAGAAGAUCCCCAUUUGACCUCCUGGGAUAAAUACAAUGAUGUGAGUGUGUGCAAGAAUGUGUAAAUGUGUGUGUGUGUGUGUCUGUGUAUGUUAGUGAGUGAGUGUGUGUGUCUGUCUGUGUACCAGUGAGUGUUUGUGUGUCUGUCUGUCAAUGAGUGUGUGUGUCUAUCAGUAAGUGUGUGUGUGUCUGUCUGUGUGUGUAUGUCAGUGAAUGUGUAUAUCUGUCUGUGUGUGUCAAUGAGUGUCUGUGUGUCUGUCUGUAUGUGUCUGUGUCAGUGAGUGUGUGUGUGUCUGUCUGUGUGUGUCUGUGUGUCUGUCAGUGUGUGUAUGUGUGUGUGUCAGUGAGUCUGUGUGUCUGUCAGCGAGUGUGUCUUUGUGUGUGUCUGUCAGUGAGUGUGUGUGUGUGUCAGUCAGUGUUGCGAUAGCCGCGGCUGGACCUUGGAGGACCUGGAGGCACACGGAGGCAUGCAAUGCCACGCCACAUUUCAAUGUGACGUCAAUGUGCUCCACCUUCACAGGGUUUCAAGAAGUAGCGGGAGGAUCCGCUUUGGCACAGGGUGCGGACAGUGACAUUUGAGGUAUACCAGAGGCUGGACUCCAGAGUCGCAUACUGGCAGCGGCAAUGUGAGUGGAUUGGAGUGCAGAAAUAAAUGACUGAAAGAUUAAUUAAUCCGUUGUGUCGCUAAACAAAUGCAGCACAUUCAAUGAAAUGAGAAGAGACAAAAAAAAUUCAAAACAAUAGUUUGUGAGGAAGAUAUACCAAAAAAAGCACAAAAACUGUCUGUGACCCCAAUAACUCUCUCUUCUAGUACGUAAGUGAAUUUUCUUUGAAUGUUAUUUUUUUAAGGUAAAACAAGGGCGAGUUUUGAAAAUAAUGGAAAAAAAUGUAACGCCACCAGCACGUUACGGAUCAACGCGUUUACAUACAAUUCGACCAUCACAUGCAUCGUGAGACACAGAACGCUCCUUCCCGGGCACCUGGCGGCUUCUUUCGCAUUUCAUGCAUUGCGUAAGUAAAUGGCGAAAGCAGGAACAUAUCCUAUCCGGGUCUUUAUUCAAUAAAGACGGAAACAGUAUAAAUACAGUUAUUAAAGGGAAUUCUGAAAUCGCUCCAGCUGCAGAGAUUAACAGUAUCAGUCAAUUAAACGGAAGUUCCAAAUCUGAAGUUUUCACGAAGAGUGGGGCGAGGCUGACACUUUUAGUACUAUGUAUAGCAGGCACUUAGAUUAUGUCAGUAAUAUUGUUAAAUCUUGUCUCCAAUACCCAAUUAGAACAUUUGGUUGGGGGAGGGAGGCUGUAAAUUCUCGGCUAGGGGAUAUAGAUCACUGGCCAAUAUGCUUUCUGCCAGUUAUGUAAUUCUUCCAUAAGUGAUGACACUUCGCUACACAGAUAAGGAAGAUGUAAAUGUAGCUGUUUGAGAUGGAUUUGCUGAGAACAUACAGUUGUUAAUUUCUUUAAAUCUGCUGUGACAGGGAAACAGGGAAACAGCAUAAGGAUAAUAAUUACAGAAGUUGUAGUAAUUAUGUCAUAACUAAUAACACGCAAGGUUUGCCAAAUGCAGUGUGUCUGGAGCACUGGUAGGAUUUGUGAACAUGGCAAUCUUAGAUUAUGUCAGUAAACCCCCUGUAGUGAGGCAUUUUAUGACCCAUUGGAUUAAUUCCACAAACAUAGUUGUUCAGGCUAAUGAAAGGUUUAAGGUACCAGUUGGCGGAGGUGACAGAUUCUGUCUGUUAUGUAAGAGAGAAGUUUUGGGGAUUUUUACUUUUGGGACGAGGAGGCCACUAGGAUUGAACAAAGAAUGGGAUUCCAUUUUUAUUUUUUAAGUGAAAUUGUGUGUACAUGGGUUAAUAAUUAUUAAAUGGACACUCCACUGCCCAAAUGAAUAAAAAUCCCUGUUUAAUAUAUAUCCUGCCAUUGAAAACAUGCAUGUAUUUAAUUAUGCAUUUUUCCAUUGGAGGUAUAUAUAAAACAGAUUGGAGAAGUUACAGAUCUUUUGUCUGUAGCCUUUUACAAACCAUCCUCUUCUAAUCCCACCCAGACUAUUUUUGGCUGUCCAAUCACAGACUUUCCAGUGCAACUCAAUGAGAAGUCUUUGCAAGGCAGGUGCUCUGGGCAAAUGUUGCCUACUGAGUUUAUCUCUACUGAGCUAACCAAACCCGGAAGUAACAGCACCAGUUCUUUGAUUGACAACCAAGGGGGGUGUAGCCAGUAUAAUUUAUAAAUGUUUUAAUUUCUAUUGAAAUCUGCACUUUUUGCAAAAUGGAAAAAAAUAGCACACACUCUUCCCACAUAAAGCUUUUAAGCAAGAUAACGUGCUUCAGGGGUCUGGAGUGUCCAUUUAAACUUCUUUUUAUACAUUUUUGAUGUCAUAAUUAUUUUAGAGAAUUUAUACAGAAUCUAUGUCACAUAUAUUUCUCUUCAAAAUUGAAUAUUUUUCUGCGUGUUCUAUGGUCUACCUUUCUCUCAUAAUACUGUUUGUUUCACUCUAUAUUUUUAUCCUUUAUGGUGAUUAUAUGCUCUUAGGUGAGGAUGGGGUUAAAUUGUUUUCAACACGGCUAUGUACCUGCAAACUCUUGGACCCCCCUAUUGCUAUUUGAUUAAAAUUCCCCAUAGUUCUCAUAAUUAUUGACCCUUUGUAAUGCAAUAAUGUCAUUUAUUAUGUUUGCAGCUGCCCAGACAUCCCAAAGUUCAGUUACUUUAUCUCCCAUUCCCGUUACUUCCCAGGAUUUUACAGGUGAGUUUGAAAUUUGUAAAAUUACAAUAUCUUCAUGGUUUCAUUGUUUUUCUUGCCCUUUACCAUUUUGAAAAUCCUUGUGGAUACACUGGUUUAAUUCACAGAUUAAUAAAAAAAAUGAGGUUACAUUAAAGGAAAUCUAGUUGGUGUUAGGGUUAUGCAGACCUUUAGGGUUCAGUGUUUAGUGUACAGAGAAUUGCAGAAUCCAGGGUUUAGUCUAUAGAGAGCUGCAGGGUUCGCUCUGUAGAGAGCUGCAGGGUUUCGUCUAUAGAGAGCUGCAGGGUUCGCUCUAUAGAGAGCUGCAGGGUUCGCUCUAUGGAGAGCUGCAGGGUUCGCUCUAUAGAGAGCUGCAGGGUUCGCUCUAUGGAGAGCUGCAGGGUUCGCUCUAUAGAGAGCUGCAGGGUUUACUCUAUAGAGAGCUGCAGGGUUUAGUCUAUAGAGAGCUGUAGGGUUCGCUCUAUAGAGAGCUGCAGGGUUCACUCUAUAGAGAGCUGCAGGGUUUAGUCUAUAGAGAGCUGCAAGGUUCGCUCUAUAGAGAGCUGCAGGGUUCACUCUAUAGAGAGCUGCAAGGUUCACUCUAUAGAGAGCUGCAGGGUUCACUCUAUAGAGAGCUGCAGGGUUUAGUCUAUAGAGAGCUGCAGGGUUCGCUCUAUGGAGAGCUGCAGGGUUUAGUCUAUAGAGAGCUGCAGGGUUCGCUCUAUAGAGAGCUGCAGGGUUCGCUCUAUGGAGAGCUGCAGGGUUUAGUCUAUAGAGAGCUGCAGGGUUCGCUCAAUGGAGAGCUGCAGGGUUUGCUCUAUAGAGAGCUGCAGGGUUCGCUCUAUGGAGAGCUAUAGGGUUCGCUCUAUGGAGAGCUGCAGGGUUUAGUCUAUAGAUAGCUGCAGGGUUCACUCUAUAGAGAGCUGCAGGGUUCGCUCUAUAGAGAGCUGCAGGGUUAAGUCUAUAGAGAGCUGCAGGGUUCACUCUAUAGAGAGCUGCAGGGUUCACUCUAUAGAGAGCUGUAGGGUUCGCUCUAUAGAGAGCUGCAGGGUUCACUCUAUAGAGAGCUGUAGGGUUCGCUCUAUAGAGAGCUGCAAGGUUUAGUCUAUAGAGAGCUGCAAGGUUCACUCUAUGGAGAGCUGCAGGGUUUAGUCUAUAGAGAGCUGCAGGGUUUACUCUAUAGAGAGCUGCAGGGUUAAGUCUAUAGAGAGCUGCAGGGUUAAGUCUAUAGAGAGCUGCAGGGUUCACUCUAUAGAGAGCUGCAGGGUUCGCUCUAUGGAGAGCUGCAGGGUUAAGUCUAUAGAGAGCUGCAGGGUUUAGUCUAUAGAGAGCUGCAGGGUUCACUCUAUAGAGAGCUGCAGGGUUUAGUCUAUAGAGAGCUGCAGGGUUCGCUCUAUAGAGAGCUGCAGGGUUCACUCUAUAGAGAGCUGCAGGGUUUAGUCUAUAGAGAGCUGCAGGGUUUAGUCUAUAGAGAGCUACAGGGUUCACUCUAUAGAGAGCUGCAGGGUUCACUCUAUAGAGAGCUGUAGGGUUCGCUCUAUAGAGAGCUGCAGGGUUCACUCUAUAGAGAGCUGUAGGGUUCGCUCUAUAGAGAGCUGCGGGGUUUAGUCUAUAGAGAGCUGCAGGGUUCACUCUAUAGAGAGCUGCAAGGUUUAGUCUAUAGAGAGCUGCAAGGUUCACUCUAUGGAGAGCUGCAGGGUUUACUCUAUAGAGAGCUGCAGGGCUAAGUCUAUAGAGAGCUGCAUAGUUUAGUCUAUGGAGAGCUGCAGGGUUAAGUCUAUAGAGAGCUGCAGGGUUCACUCUAUAGAGAGCUGCAGGGUUCGCUCUAUGGAGAGCUGCAGGGUUAAGUCUAUAGAGAGCUGCAGGGUUUAGUCUAUAGAGAGCUGCAGGGUUCACUCUAUAGAGAGCUGCAGGGUUUAGUCUAUAGAGAGCUGCAGGGUUCGCUCUAUGGAGAGCUGCAGGGUUCACUCUAUAGAGAGCUGCAGGGUUUAGUCUAUAGAGAGCUGCAGGGUUCGCUCUAUAGAGAGCUGCAAGGUUAAAUCUAUAGAGAGCUGCAGGGUUAAAUCAAUAGAGAGCUGCAGGGUUAAGUCUAUAGAGAGCCGUAGGGGUCACUCUACGGAGAGGUUUAGGUUCAAGGUUCAGACUGUAAGAUAUUCUGGUUGAAUGCUGCAGGAUUCAGUCUUGGAGGAAUUCAAAGAGAAUUUUAAAUGUUAGGCCAUCGUUUUCCGUGUAAGUUACUGAUUUCCAUAUCUUGGCAUUCAUUUCCCAGUCACUGCCUCCCCAGUGGGAUUUAUUCACUAAACUUGGGGCGAAAGUCCAAUGGGCUUGGAGACUGCAUUUCUGCAUGAAUCCAGUAGAUGGCGCUGUAUAUCUGAUAGAUAGACUAUAAUUUUUGUUCACCCAAUUAAAACACUAUGUGCGUGUUGUUAUGGUGGCUUCUGUGCUGUAAAGUAACUUCUACAAAUACCUAAAAUUUUAUCUCAGAUAAUUCCGUGUAAAUGAGGAAACUGAGACAUGUGGUUCAAUCUCUAAUGGAUAUUCCUCCCGCAGGGGCACUCGCUAGCUCAUUUACCAUUUUGUGUGUUUCCUCAAUCAGUUUCAUGUCCGCUUUAGUGAUAGGAUUUUUGUCCAUAUUUGGCUGGCCCUGAUUGGUCGAUGGUUGAAACUGUCCUUACUGAUUUAGAAGUGGAGCUUUGUCCGAAGCAAUCCGGUCUCUGGAAACUCGUGGACACGCAAGUUUGGUCAAACAGCUUGAAAAUGGUUUAACUUAAAAGCAGGAAAGUCGGCCGCCGCCUGCUUGAACCAAAUGUACUGUUGUGGCUUGUUCUCAGGGACCAGAUUCGCAGGAUUUCGGAUUUCUACCAUUUACUUGACUAUUUUCCAGUGAAGAUAUUGAUUAAACCUCCACAGUUAGUAGACUUUUGCACAAAAGCUUUUUAACGGGUGCAAACAAAUCAAAUUCCUUUUAAUCUACGACCGAGCCAAAAGAUCUAUAAAGGAAUUACCUGUCGAGUAUGAAACGUUUGUGCUCAAGUCUGGUAGUUAUUGUUUAGUGAGCGACGGAUUGGGAACCACACAUUAAAGUGGUAAAAUCUGCCUUUUUCCGUAAACAGCAGUGAUUCAUGCUAAACAGGGUGACAAAUAAAGGACAAUUUAAUUAAAAUAAUGAACAUCCACUUAUCUGAGUCAUAAGGGUAUAACAUUACCUUUGGCGUUAUUCUCUAAACCACGAUCUUUGGGGAAUUAAAACGUCUAAGCCAAAAUAUGUGAAUUUUAAAAAGAUUUCAAAAUUGCCUAUUUUUGGCAUCUGGCAUAUUUCCCAUCUCCCUAUCAAAUUCCCCCAGCACCCCACAAGUAACAUUGCCACUUUAGCCAUGUUUCCCCAGGCACCCUACAGGUUCAGGAAGAGAGCUGCCCAACAAGAUAUAGAAUUCACAUGAUUCCUUUAAUCAUGGCAGAAUUGCUCAGUCCGUCCAACUGCCAGACAGAACUAAUCACUCACCGCUCAGCAAAAUAGGAGAUUUAUAGCUGUCUGGGAGACCUUCCGCUGUUCAGACAUGCAAGCGUUUAUUAUUUUAUUUCCAUUUGUCAAAAAAAAAAAAAGGAUUUGCCAUUGUAGGAAUCUUUCCCAAGAGUCGCUGCUGCGUCUCUCUCAUUUCUGUGUGAUAAAAGGUUAGAUGUGUGUUCCUUGCACUUACACCUCAGAUGUUUUUUUUUUUACUGUUUAACGUUUGUGAGAAGCUGUGAAAGGUGCCAGCAAUAAAGAGAGAGGCCGUGUUCGGCGUAGCUCAUAAUGGCACCAGCAUUCCGGUCAACUCGCACAUUUAUAGAGCGAAAUUGCUUUCAUUUUCUGCAAAUGUGCGGAGUCUCAGCUGGGGGCACUAAAACCAUCUGGGAUUAGUCAAUGGAGUCUCAGAACACAACACCUAGUACGCGAGUAAUACCAGCGACUAAUGCGCCACGUCCGUCAAUCGCUCCGUUUAGAACACGGAAAACCCCAGUCUGGAAGGAUCAAAUUUUCUCAGUUUUCAUAAUAGAAAAAAAAGGAAAUGUUCAAUUGUCAGACACUCAAUUCAUUGCACUUAAAUAAAAUGGUGUGACUGCUAUUGUCAAUGGAAUAUGACUAAAAUUACAUAGAAUUAAAGCCUGGAAUAUAUGAAAAUCUACUUUUUAUAUAUAAGUGAAUGUGUGUACUGGUGCUGUCCAAAUAUUUAAGGAGCUUGAACCUACAUCUUAAAAAAAAAAUCAUGUAAUAUAAACUAUAUCUAAUGCUGAGGCAUUUAUUAGGGGAAAUCGAAUAACAUUCUCAAAGUGGAGCAAUUGCCAUGGCAACCAGUGGAAUGUCCCAGCUAGUGGUCCUUUUAGAAUUUUGCCCAUGAAUUGGUCUAUAUACAGAAAGCUAUAUCAAGAUUAUUAACUUUACACGGGAUUGAGGGAAUUGAAGAGAGAGAUGCAAAAUCCAGGCAAAAAAAAAAAAGCUGAAUUGGAAAAAUUCACCAACUAAAUUAUUGUUUCAUAUUCACUAUUUUUGCUUACAGUUUGCAGUUACCAAUGUAGUAAAUGAAUCCAAGAGUGUGUGUUGUUUAUGGCAUGUUAAAUUUAAAGUGGCGGUAUCACCUGUAUGAUGUUUACGACUUACAAGGUGCUCUCGCCACCUGUGGAGGUGGCCAACGGGGGCAGAUAGGAGAUAUACUUACCUUAAGCUGUCUGUCUGUGGUACCACCAUCUUCUCGCCGGCGUACUACUCGGUUUCGGGUGAAUUAAUUGUGAAUCCAAGAUGAUAUAAAAUGGGGUCUAUAGAAGAUUAAACAAAACCGAAAGAUAUUCCAUAGGCAAUUUGGCGCAGGAACAACAUGGUGACCUGAGCAUCUAUUGCUCAUAACGUCAAAUUGCUGUCAGGCAUUGUGAAUUUUUGCCAAAGAUGAAUAAUUUAAUGCUACUGUGACAGACCACCUGGCACCCCGACUGGGUGCCUCCGCCAAUCGAUGUUUCUUAGCUGUUGCUGAGUACCAUAAGCACAGCACUGGACACCAUAAGCACCGAAGCCCGUUAGCCGCCGCAGCUUGGCUGGGGCCUCGUCGUCCCUUCCCACCCUGCACCACACUCCUGGAUCCAGCUCCCAGUGGGAAGGCCUCUCCUCCAAGAGAGUAUAGCAGGUAUAAUAGUGUAGCUCUUACAAGAGCUAGUGAUUAUAGCAAUCCAAAGAACAAGCCCAGAAGCAGGGAUUAUAGCAGGUAUAGCGGUACCCUCAAUCACGAGACUCUGUGUUGAGGGUAAGCAGGAACUUUUUUUAUUGGUAGCCACAACUGGCCUUAUAUGCAAGUUCCCAUGCAAGGGACACUCCCCCCUGGACCUGAGAGUAAACCACAGCAGAAACAAAUACAUGAUUACAUUAUCUCUCAGAUCCAGGACACUCCCACACAUAUCUAGGUCAAUCCCGCCUCCUACCUGGGAGAUAAUUGAGUCAAGAACUGUAUUAACCUAAUUAUCUCCAGACACAAAAACACACAUUUUUAUAAAACCCCCCCAAAUACCUUUAAAAUAUACAAAACCCCCACAAAAGUUAUAUCCCCUCAUAGUCCCAAUCUGGGUGAUUCCUGGAUAUGUUCGUCACCCAGAUCGGGGCUACGAGGGGAUAUAACUUUUGUGGGGGUUUUGUAUAUUUUAAAGGUAUUUGAGGGGUUUUAUAAAAAAUUGUGUUUUUGUGUCUGGAGAUAAUUAGGUUAAUCCCCUCAUAGCCCCGAUCUGGGUGACGAACAUAUCCAGGAAUCACCCAGAUUGGUUCAGGGGUUCAUGAAUUUCCUGGAAGUCUUAUUUUUGACCGACCACACGCAUGGCCCCAUGUCCAAAACAGUUCCAGAGAAUCAGGACUUGCGGUCGGUCUAGUUCGGUAGUUUAAAAAUGAACAAACUACCGAACAGAAUCAAUGUUCUUACACUGGAGCUUGUUCCACUCAUCCAGACGAACGAUUCCACCAAACAGUGCCCUUCUAAAUUGUAUACAACUGAACGCAGGCGAUGAUGGAAGUCCAGCGGUGUUCGGGAGUUUCUGUGUCCGAAUUUAGUUCCAUGAGAUUCAUGCCCAAACACUGCUGCCUGCGUUCAUUAGAACAAGUUGGCCGCCACCUUGUGGUUGUCCAUAGGAAUUGCGGCCACCCAGACGAACAAUUAGAACACUGCGGUGAGAACUGUUCCAAUGUGUUAAUAGGUGUUAACAAGCUCCCAGGUGGUCCCUGGUUCGUGCGGUUGUUCGGUAGUCAAACGGGACAAUGUUAGAAUAGGAGGGUAAUGCAAUCUACCGAACAAACAGGAGAAUGGAACAGAAAUCUUUUUCAUCUGUCACAGCUACAAACUAAUCCCUACUUUAUCUCAUGAACAUCUUUUUUGAUUGUGUUGGAAUUUCUAAGAAAGUACAAUUUGUUCUAAAAGAGCCUUUCAUUAAGAUUCCGUAUUUACAAAAAUGUGACAGAGCUGAUUUAAUAAAAGGUUUGAUUGAAUGUAAUAUAUACAGUAUAUCUGAUAUAUAUUAAAUCAUGUAGAGGAGGAAAUCAUUGACAUAGAAAAGUUUAAAAAGAACCAACUGCUUUGAAGAAGGACUGCAAUCGAUUGGGUUUAAUAAAACACAUCGACAGGAGCACUUGAAAGAUUUUAUAAGUGAAAUAAUAUUCUCUUUUGCAUAAUUAAUACGGACUAGAAGUGCAAUUAAAAUCAUUAGUUAUAAAACUGCCUUUUCCUUUCAUGUACUGCGCCAUUAACGCCUCAUCAGACGCGCCACUUGAAUAUGUCUGGACCUGGCAGAUAAAAGGCCCCUUGCUUCUCAGUUCUAAAAAGUCAGUGUUGUAUCAUUAAAAGAAGGGAACAAAUUAUUAGAAAAUUAAUUGAAACUUAUUGCGGAUGAGUUUAAUUUCAAGCUUGAUUUGACUAGAUAGAAUUAGUCUUCCUUUUGAAAUAAACCCAUUGAGAGGUGCGACUAUUACACUGGUUUUACCUCCAAACGUUCUUUUUUUUAAUCAGUUAUCAAAGUUCUAAGAAAAAAAGAGCAGAUUUUAGCAAUCUCCAAAAACGUGCCUUUAUUUUGCGGCAUUUAUAGGCACUAUCUUGAACAGAAGUGUUUAAAUACAGAGAAACUUUGAUAUAGAAACCCAACUAAAUUUCUGGGUGUUAGAAAUUAUAGGGUAACUUCCAAUCCAGUAUCUUUAACCAAACUGUUAUUUUUUCUGGCUUUUCACAGGAAUCACAGGACAGUUUCAAAACCAUCACAAACAUUCAUAGACCCUUUUAGUGGCAGAAUUUCUUUAAGGAAUGAAUGUAGGGUUUCCCAGAGAUAUGUAGCCAAGUUUUCAGUUAUUUUGACAUUAAAUAUAAAAGUCACUUUGAAUUCCGAAAAAUUUCAAAUUCAGUGAAUUCAAUCUCUAACCUAUCAUAUCAUUAUAUAUGUCUUUGUUUUUAAGAUUAAAAAGAAAGUUGUAAAAUAAUUGCGUUUUGGAAAUUCACAAUCUUUUUUCCGAUAUUUUUUAAAAUUAAUAUUACAUUGAUAUCAGUUAAUUCCUCUUCUGCUUUCUAAAAAAAAAUGCAUAGAAACAAAAUUUCGUGCAAAAUAUCUUCUCUUCUUAUAAGUCCCCUUUCUGUACCAAAUUAUUUUAUUUAGUGCCCAUAAUUCACUAGUUUUUAAGAAUUUGCCGCUUCAUCAUAUCCUAAACUAGAUUCGCAGGUUACUGGACACGGUCACUGAUUUACCAUGACUUGCGCCUCACGAUUAAAGUCCUUAAUAAAAUCAGUUAGGACUUAAUUCUGCAAAUUCAAUUCAUUUUCUUUAGGAAUAUAGUUUAUCAAUGAAGUAGCAGUUUUCCGUUUAAUGAAAUCCUAUUUGUGAUCUUUUCCCCUAUAGGGUCGGUGACAUAUGAUGUUACGUCAGACAGAGAUAUAUCGUUAUCUGCUGACCCCACCCCCAGAAAUGAAUUAAAUGUAACUGACAGCAUAGAUAUCACAGCAGGUAAUAACUGUUACUUAACCCUAAAGUCUUACUUUGUUAUUUAUGACCUUCAGGUUCCUGAGAGUUAUAGCUAACAAACAUUUGCCAAAUUUAGCCAAGGCUACCGGCUACGGCAUACAGAACGUUUUCUCGAUAAUGAUGAAAUUCUAACUAAGUUUUUUUUACCCUUUGCAUGUUUAAAGAGACAGUAACAUCUCCUCACAUCCGCGGAGAGAAUGUAUCGUCAGUCCAUGAUGUGAAAACAGCAAGCGAAUACAAUGUGACCAAAAAUGAAAAUUCAACGUCUGGUAGCUAUCUAUAUCUCCAUUCUUUAUAAAUAGAGCCGUAUGGAUGCCUGCGGUGAGAACAGUGAUGCCACCAUGCCAUAGCUGUGCCAGGAAUUGGCUGAAAUAGAGCUUUGGGGGAAAAAAAAAUAUAAUUUCAUAGCUGUGACAAUGGUUUUGUUAUCGCAAUUUCUGGCUAUUUGGCUAUAUUUAUAGUAAAGGUUCACUAAUUAAUCCCGCUCCCAUAUUGAAAGGAUGUAAUUUAGAUAACUAUACAACAUCCCCCCCCAUAGCAUUUCAUAGGCCUUAAUACUUCCCAGCAUGCACUGGGUUUUUCCGGUUGUUAAAUCAUUCUGAUUGGUUGUAUAAGUUGUGGUUGUGGUGGGAUGGGUUUGGUGCCUUUUUAUGGUAACAUUUUACUGAAUAAUAAAAACAUGACGCCCCCUUUGUUUCACAGAAUUCGAAGUGCGUGACAGGAAAUCGAGCAGCGUCCUAGUUAUGGUGAUGGUAUCGCUCAUGGUUUGCGUUCUGCUGUCCAUUUUCUACCUGUUCCUAAUGAAGCUAAAACGAGAACAUUCUAAAUGGAGGAAAGGUGAGAACUCCAUGUCUUUAAGAUGUCGGUAAAUACAUAAAAAAUAUAACAUGGGAUGACCUGUAAUUUUUCCAUAAAUCAGUUUAAAUCAGCUCCCCCCACAGCGUCACUUUAUGUCUGUGAAAUAUUACAUAUUCUAUAUGUUCCUGUAUUACAAUGUCAUUUGACCGUCAAGAGACGGGCAGUAAAACUGUAAUCACCACUCGAAAAGAGACAACACUUUCUAGUGAGGCAGCCAUUUGGAAUCACAACUUUUCACACAUUUAGUGGCAGCUGGAAAAAUAAUGCUAAAAUCAUGUUAUGUCCUUCAUCUCGUGUUUUGGUGUAAAACUUGCUGUUUAUAUCUGACACAUACAUUUAUAUUCACUAAAGUAUGAAUUGACAGAAAUUUAAAGCUCCCAACAUAUUUUUAAGAAUAUAUAUUUAUUUAUUUUUUGCAUAAAAUAUGAAAUUUACUUAGAGUUAAAGGGAUUCUCAAGACCCCUAAAGCACUUUAUCUUGCUGAAAAGCCUUAUGUUUAAAGAGUGUAUCCUCUUUUUAUUAUUUUGCAAAAAGUGCACAUUUCAACAGUAAUUAACACUUUUAUAAAUGUACCUUGUUACACCCCCCUGGCUGUCAAUCAGACAACUGGUCCUAUUACUUCCCGGUUUGGUUAGUUCAGUGGAGAUAAAGACAAGAAGCAGUAAUUGCUCAAAGCACCUGCCUGGUAAAGACUUCUCAUUGAGCUGCAUUGGAAAGUCUGUGAUUGGACAGUCAUAGAAAGUCUGGGCGGGGUUAGAAGGGGAGGGCUUGCAAAGGCUGCAGACAAGAGAUCUGCAGCUUUUGCAAACUGUUAUUAUAUUUACCUCCAAUAAACAAAAGGUAGAAUUAAAUUAAUACAUGGAGGUAUAUUUACCAAAGAGUUAUUUUAUUUAUUUUGUAUUUGGGCAAUCAGUGUCCAUUUAACUUUGAAUUCUCCAUAUACCUGGUUAGGCAGGAUAUAGACCAGAAAUACAGAGGAAUUAAACAAGGCAUGGGUCAUAGAUGAACAUAUAUCAGAUAUAUAUUUUAACGCUCACUACCUUCAAACAGAAUCUCACUGUGCAUCAUAAGAGUUGUAGUCCAGCUCCAAGUAACCUCUCACACUUAGUUUGACGGGACAUACAUUUCCAAUUGCCAGAGUGUCUUGUGGGUGAGGUGGGGUUUCGCCUCGCAUUUGGGAAAAGCAGAUAUAAAAACCCAGAACAAAUUUAUGAUUUUCUUUAUAAGGGAGUUAGAGAGUUAAAUUGUCUGAGAGCCUGCAGAAGCUUUGACAUUGUACGUGUAACUCUCCCAACCAUGGGCAGACUUUCUACAACGUCUGAGUUUAGCAUGUGGAGUGUGAUGGCGCAACAUUUAAAGGACCACUAUAGUGCCAGGAAAACAUACUCGUUUUCCUGGCACUAUAGUGCCCUGUGGGUGCCUCCACCCUCAGGGUUCCCCUCCCGCCGGGCUGGAUGGCGAGGAAAGGGGUUAAACUUACCUUUAUUCCAGCGCUGGGCGGGGAGCUCUCCUCCUCCUCUCCGCCUCCGAUCCUCCUCUUCGGCUGAAUGCGCAUGAGCGGCAGGAGCUGCGCGCGUAUUCUGCCAGUCUCAUAGAAACGCAUUUACAAUGCUUUCCUAUGGACGCUGAUGUCUUCUCACUGUGAUUUUCACAGUGAGAAGCACGCCAGCACCUCUAGCGGCUGUCAAUGAGACAGCCACUAGAGGCUUUAGAGGCUUGAUUAACCCAUUUAUAAACAUAGCAGUUUCUCUGAAACUGCUAUGUUUAUAAAAAAAAGGGUUAAUCCUAGAGGGACCUGGCACCCAGACCACUUCAUUAAGCUAAGGUGGUCUGGGUGCCUUGAGUGGUCCUUUAAAGUUUAUUGGCCAACCAGUAUUUCAGCUUUAUGGUCCAGGAAGCAGCCAUACACUCAUUUUCUCUAUAAUUAAAGGGACACUGCAGGCACCCAGACCACCUCAGCUCAUUGAAUUAGUCAGGGUGCAGUGACCCUUUUGCACUUAGUGCUGCAAUGUAAAACAUUACCAUUCCAGAGAAACUGCAAUGUUUACAUUAAAGCUCUAAGUCUGCCCUCAGUGGCUGUGUAACAGACAGCCACUAGAGGGCUUCCGGAAUCAAAAUGGACUUUUGGCCUGUUAUCUGAUGCUGGACUUCCUCAAGGACCUCCAGCGUCAGAUUUUCCCUAUACGAAAGCAUUAAGUGGGGAACAAUUAAACCUAUAGUGCUAGGAAAAUGGCUUUGUUUUCCUGGCACUAUAGGAUCCUUUUAAACUGUUAUAAAAAGAAAGGCUGCAAGGUAAAGUUGUUAUGGUGCGUCAAGUAUCCCUUUAAGCAUUUGUAUCGGAUGAUAAUGUCCCUUUAAAAAGUGGAAAAUACCACGGCAAGGCUUUACGAGGCAUUUAUAGAUGCUUUUUGUGAAGGAAAACUAUUAGUGGUUUAAAAUCUCCCCACAAUCCUAUGAUUAGACCCAACUAAUUUACUUUCUUACUUGGAAUAAUUACAGUACGGAGCUUUUUAAAGCCCUAUCUCUAUUUAUUGCUUUUCAAGGGUCUGAUUUAAGUUGUGUAUUACAGCGAUUUAAGCAUCGUUAAUUUUAAAAACCUCGAGCACGUUGUGUGUAACCCAUUAACCCAGCUUCCACCGUUGAUGCAGAAUGAUGGCUUAAGUAAUGGAGGCCGGCUCCUGAACGUAUGCACAGCUCACCUAAUGGGAUUCUAAUUAAUUAAUGGAACAGGGAUGUUUAUUUCCACCUUUCAAAAGGCGAACCUACAAUUUAAUCCACAAACUGACACAAUCAACAAAUUAUGAUGAGUUUUACAAAAUGAAUUAGAUGCCAAACACAGGAAACCGUGGCUGCCGGCAGCUGGGCCUCAAUAGACCUGUCAUGUCUUUGUUAGUUGUACGAGUGUGCGAGAUACACCUGGUGCUUCACGUCUUUCAAUUCCCCCAUAAAAGGCUGAUUAGCCAAUGUUCCCCACUUUGGAUGAAUUAUCCACAAGCUUUGUGACCAACUGUUAUUGUGUUGCUUUAACCUAUUUUCUCUGUUUUAACACAAUAUUUCGCAGGGACCUGAGUGGCUGCGCAGUCUAUAAAUGGGCGCACAUUAUGUUAAUGUUACGCAUCACUUUUCAGCAAAUUUCAGCCCAACUGACACACCGUGUUUUUGUUUUUUUCUCAGAGAAUGAAAUAUCGGACCAAACGCUGGAAAGUGCGAGAUCUAGGUCUGAUAACGAAGGCAAUUUCAACCAGACAAAGACGGGUCAGGGUAAGAAGGGGGAAGGUUGGGGUAACAUGGUCAGUUUAACAAACAGAAAUUUCAAAAUAAAUAAAUAAAUCUUCAACUUCAGAUCAGGCAUGACAUAAUUAUGAGAUAUUGGAAUAUAUAUAUAUAUAAUUUGUUUUAUAAGCCCCUCGCCAGUCUCCCCAGCACUGCGCUGGACCCCUUGGUAUCACAAUAGUAAUAAUAAUUAUUUUAACAUUUCCUCAUAGUUGUGCUCCAGAGUGCCUCGGUCCAGUAUACAAAGGAAGAAUCGUUGUGAAACCGUGGAGAAUCCAGAAUCAGCGAGGAAAUAUCUGGCGCCGCCUGUUAAUUACCGCUCUUUGCUACGUGAUACAUUUUACAUUCUUUCUGGAAGUUUUAAAACAUUUGUGUUUCCAGAGGGAGGAUUCUAAGUGGUUAAUGUUGCAUUUACUAAUUUUUACAGAAAGUAACAUUUACUUCUAUUCAAGAAACCGAGGAUUUCAGGAGUAACCGGGCAUUCCUAAUAUUAGCCAAGCUGGGAACAGCUAACUUGGAGAUUGUCCAAUUCCUGGUAAAGUCGAACAAUUGACAUUCUAGUAACUAGCCCUGCUGGUCGGGAUGAGUUGCCUAAGGAUGCAGAGUAUGUUCCAAAACGUGGCCAUCGACAUCUAUAUACUUCAUGCUAAAUGCCACGGGAGGAAGCUGGGUUUGGGCAGAGGCUCAGAAAUAAAUCUAAAUAUUAUACAUGAAUGUCAAGGACUACUUGGAAAGCACUUUAUCCCUCACCCCUUAACCCUGCGUGUGCCACGAGAGCUGUGAAAGGAUUCAGUUUGGAGGGUCUCUGCCCAACAUGGACAUAUUCUGUUUGUGAAAUGUUUUCUGACGUCCCAUAUUUUUGUCACCUAGUGCAAGCAAGCAUGGCUAAAGGGAGAGACGGGAAAUGUAACACUGCGGAAAUCAAG